AUGUUCGGAACUCCUAAUUCUACUCCCGUGAGAAACAAACUUCCGGUCAUUGUCGAUAUCGGUAUUGAUACCGACGGUAAACAACAAUAUCAGGUCCAUGAAUCGCUCCGGACGGUCCGCAAGGACAUGCCGCAGUCGUCCGGGUUUGUUACCCAAGAAAAAACCCCGGUACGAAACGAUUUAGCCCCGGUUUCUCCUCCAACUUCACGCAAAAAAAUCAAGUUGGAAGCUUCCCCAGCUCCCGAGCGUUCCACCGGCUUAGAAGAGUCUCCAGUAGAUUCCGACUCGAUUUGGCCCGAGGACCUCGAAAAAGCGUUCGAAGAUGUCCUUGCAAUUAUUCCCAAAAAUGGCCUCAGCAAGAUCAAAAUCAGCGGCCGAGCAUGCGGACGUAACGAGCUCAUCUCCGACUACAUAUACACGAAAACCGGCCGUUUGCGCACUCGGAAGCAGGUCUCCAGUCACAUUCAGGUCAUCAAGAAUUUGGGUCAGAAACCACAUAUUAUUGCUCUUAUUAACGACGGUCCGCAGUUUGAAAACGAAGAAGAAAGACAACUCCAUGCCAAGCGUUUUGAGGAAUUGUUCACGAAAAUCAAUAUGGACAAAUCUUUGGGGCUUCGUCUGGUACCCAAAUUGGCUCUGAAAAUCUCCCAUAAAGAACUGUCCGAUGAAGUUGUUGAACCAUCGGUGGUGGUGGAGAACUUUUUCAUGUCCGUUUACAACUCUUCGUCGGCAUGUCCCAUCAUUCUUUCUCUUCAAACAGCAGCACAGGAAAUCAAAACCCUUCAAUUGCGACCCGGAAGCAACACUUUGCGGUUUCCUAGUCUCCUGUACUUUGGUGGAUCUUCCAUUCCUGUGAUCCACAACAUGGUCCGUAUUCAUUUUCCUCAAUUGUCGCAAAAUUACAGCUUUGAAACCGGCUUGCGCACAAACUUCUGUGUCAGUGUCAAGGAAGAUACCAUCAGAAACUACGCCAACUAUACCUGUAUCUACUCGUAUGGUGCCCCAAUUGUGCGUUACAUCGACCCCAUCUUUGACUUGAAUGAUAAUAAGCCGUUUUUGAUCAAGUUCUGGAAAGUCCUUCUUCCUCGUUUGGCUGUCGAUGCUACCCAGUCGGUAUCCAGGGCUCUUCGCGGCAUCACUGUAGAGCAAAUCAUCUACGAAACCAACCAUACAAACACCCCGACAGCAAUUCCAAAACAGUCAGUUCGCACUGUUCUCUUGUGGGAAUUCACAAAAGUCGACGACCUCAAAGACGCCAUCACAACCACCUCCAGGCUCAGUAUGGUAGACUCGGUACCGCUGCACGCUGCCAUUGAACCUCAAGCUGUAACAUUGCCUCCACAAACACAAAUUUAUCCUCCACCAACCUACCUGACGGCUGCAACUACUAUGGUUCCCACACCAUGGGGAACCCACGAAGACAUAGCCGCUGCGUACCACUGUGGCGUCGAAGAGCACCCCAUGUACAUGCACGAAUUUAGUUGA